UUCUUCGCGCUGAGCACGUCGACUGAAGGAACGCUGCAGCUCACGCGGACUGUCUCUGGGAGUGCUGAGUCUAGCCUGUUCUGAGGCGUCCGGACCGACAGAGCGACUGCUUUACUUCAUGUGAACUGGGGACAACAUCGCGCACGCACUACAGGGACGGUCCUCACAGCUCAGCGGGACACUGCUAACAUUGGGUUGAAGGUGGACACUCACGCGGACCAAGAACUGCGUAGCUCCAAUCUUACUUGGUCAAAAUCUAAGACCCACGAUGGACCCGAGAGACACUGCCCCUGAUUCCUGGGAACAAGAGGAUGAUGUGGAGGCCACAGUCGACGGACAGCUUGAAGCGGCAUUCACAACCCUCAAUGUGAACGCUAAGCCGUUCGUACCCAAUGUGAACGCAGCUGAAUUUGUUCCACCUUUUGCCAUGAGAGCGCCCACAGAGAACGUCGAUGCUGCUGUUGUGAAUGAUAAAAUCUCCACCAUGGACGUGUCACAAAGCAGCGUGCCUGUGGAGAACGGUGAUGCGGAGAUGACGUCGGAGGAACCAUGGGACCAAAAAGACGACGAAGCCACAGAAGAGGAACCGGGAGGUGGGGACCGGGGCCCGGGGGACUCAGCCUCGCCGGAGGAUCUGGCUCCAGAGAUGAUGGAGGAGGAGGAGGAGGUGGUGUUAGUGCCAAAGGUUCCAGCCGUACAGCCAGAUGCCCCCAAGAAGGAACACAUCAAUGUGGUGUUCAUCGGACACGUAGAUGCUGGAAAAUCCACCAUUGGAGGACAAAUCAUGUAUCUAACAGGCAUGGUGGACAAGAGGACCUUAGAGAAGUACGAGAGGGAAGCCAAGGAGAAGAACAGAGAAACCUGGUAUCUGUCCUGGGCUUUGGACACCAAUCAAGAGGAGCGGGACAAGGGGAAGACUGUGGAGGUGGGCCGAGCGUACUUUGAGACAGACAAAAAGCACUUUACUAUCCUAGACGCUCCAGGCCACAAAAGCUUUGUGCCGAACAUGAUUGGAGGCGCAUCCCAGGCUGACCUGGCUGUUCUGGUGAUCUCUGCCAGGAAAGGUGAGUUUGAGACGGGUUUUGAGAAGGGUGGACAGACCCGGGAGCACGCCAUGCUGGCUAAGACGGCCGGUGUCAAGCACCUGAUAGUCUUGGUCAACAAGAUGGAUGACCCUACAGUCAACUGGAGUCUGGAGAGGUAUGAAGAGUGCAAAGAGAAAUUAGUGCCAUUCUUGAAGAAAGUGGGCUUCAACCCGAAGAAAGACAUCCACUUCAUGCCGUGUUCUGGGCUGACCGGAGCCAACCUGAAGGAGGCGACUGACAUGUGCCCCUGGUAUAUAGGUUUGCCCUUCAUCCCACACUUGGACAGUUUGCCAAAUUUCAACAGAUCUAGUGAUGGACCAGUCAGAUUGCCCAUUGUAGACAAAUACAAGGACAUGGGGACCGUGGUUCUGGGAAAGCUGGAGUCUGGCUCCAUCAGUAAAGCACAACAGCUAGUCAUGAUGCCCAACAGGCAUGUAGUGGAGGUAUUGAGUCUGCUAUCGGAUGACGUGGAGACGGACGAUGCAGGACCUGGUGAAAACCUCAAGCUGCGACUGAAGGGAAUCGAGGAGGAGGAGAUCCUGCCGGGAUUUAUUCUGUGCAACUCUGACAGUCUCUGUCAUUCAGGACGCACCUUCGACGCCCAGAUCGUCAUCAUUGAACACAAAUCCAUCAUCUGUCCAGGUUACAACGCAGUCCUUCACAUUCACACAUGCAUUGAAGAAGUGCAACUCACGGCCUUAAUCUGUCUAGUGGACAAGAAGACGGGAGACAAGAGUAAGACGCGGCCCCGGUUCGUCAAACAGGACCAGGUCUGCAUCGCCCGUCUGCGUACAGCUGGGACCAUUUGCCUCGAGACUUUUAAAGACUUUCCUCAGAUGGGACGGUUCACCUUACGGGAUGAAGGUAAGACCAUCGCCAUCGGUAAGGUUCUGAAGCUGGUGGCUGAGCGGGACUGAAGCGGGCCGAGCGCUCGGGAGUCUUGGUGAGAAGGAUCUGGCAGAAUUCGCUCACAUACUGCCUCUUCUGUCUUCAGCGGUGAAAGCACCUCCCCGUCACGCCCCCUUUGUGCGUGUUGAAGAUCAGCUUUGGAAAAAUCAACUCGUGAAAAAGCAACCUGUUUUUAAACAAAAGACAACGAAUGAUUACCACAGGAGUCAGCUUUCUCAUAUUGAGAGCUCUGUUAUGCCAUUCAGGGUUAGCCCCUUCCAACUCUCCCAUUCCUAUUACAUUACAUGUUUUUUGUUUCGUUUUUCUUUCUUUUUGAGUUUUUAUUUUUCUUGCUGUCAUAGAUGACUCAGAUGGCAGAACAUUUAUCCAUAAACAGAUGCGGACCAGGAUUUUGCAAAUGAUUUUCAAAUGCAAAUGAAAUUCUUGGACAGAACUCGACCAUUUGAAAGCAGAAGUGUGUCUUGGUUGUAUGUUUUCCCUUUGCUUUUACCCAGUUUUGGUUUCUCAUGAGACGUUCUGGCAGUGUGCUUGAGCGUUGAUCAAAUGUUAUUAAAGCAUCCAACUGUUCCAAUAAAACAUUAAUUGGGAAAACAA